UUCCGGGUAACGUCGGCGUGAUGACCGACCUCGGCGCAACAUAAACAACAGCUUGUGUCGAGGCUAGGGGGCUGCUCAGUUUGUAACCGCCGACACUAAAACAUGGCAAAGAAAGCGGAGGUUUCCGGGAAUUAAUGGCUGUAAUUAUGUGAAAUUAACACAUUUGCUUGCUCCAUCCUUAGAUCUUAAUCUGUGUCCACCAUGUCGUCGCGCGUGUUGCUGCGCCAGCAGCUGAUGCGAGAGCAAGCCCAGGAGCAGGAGCGGCGCGAGGCCCAGCAGCAGGCCUCCGCCUCCCAGCUCAGAGCUUCCGACUCCACGCCAGCUAUCUCCGUCUCCCUGCCGCCCAACGCUGCUCGGCCCCCGCCGGCGCAGGUGCCUGUGGAGGUGCUAAAAGUGCAGACGCACUUGGAGAACCCCACCAAGUACCACAUCCAGCAGGCCCAGAGGCAGCAGGUGAAGCAGUACCUCUCCACCACUUUGGGGAACAAGGCGGUCACGCAGUCGCUCGGCGUGUCCCCCGUGCACCAGUCCAGUUCGGCCCCCGAAGUCGGCCCCUCCGCCAGCAGCGCCCCCAACAGCCCCAUGGCUCUGCUGAACAUCGGCUCGAACAAGGAGGAAAUCGAUGAUGUGAUCGACGACAUCAUCAGUCUCGAAUCCAGCUUCAACGACGACAUCAUCACCUUGAUCGACUCAGGUCUUCAGCUGCCCAGCACGCUCCCGGGAAACCUGCUGGAUGUUUACCACAGCCCUGGAAUGGCAGCUCCUACUCUCACUGUCAGCAACUCCUGCCCUGCUGACCUUCCACAAAUCAAAAGGGAAAUCACCGACACCGAUGCCAAAGCAUUAUUGAAGGAAAGGCAGAAGAAAGACAACCAUAACCUCAUCGAGCGGAGGCGACGAUUCAACAUAAACGACCGAAUAAAGGAGCUGGGUACUCUGAUCCCCAAAACGAUUGACCCGCCUGACAGGGAGAUGCGUUGGAAUAAAGGGACUAUCCUGAAGGCCUCUGUGGACUACAUCAGGAAGCUACAGAAGGAGCAGCAGAGAGCCAAGGAUGUCGAAAUGCGCCAGAAGAAGCUGGAGCAGGCCAACCACGUUCUAAUGUUACGCAUCCAGGAACUUGAAAUGCAGGCACAGCUCCACGGACUGCCAGCCUCCCAGCAGCAGCAGCAGGCGGCGCCCCACGGCGUCCAGAACCCCGGCGCCGCCUCCACCCUGAACCUCUCGGCUCUGAGCGCCAUAGCGCAGCCGCUGCCGGCCUCCUUCCUCUCCCCGCCCUCCUCCGACUCCCCCGCCGGCGUCACCAUCAGCAGCCCGCUGGACCUCGGCAGCCUGAGCUUCGCCGAGCUGGACGACCCCGCCUCCUCGGCGCUCUACCCGGACGUGGGCCUGGGGGACAUUCUCAUGGACGACGGGUGCGCCCUGUCCCCGGAGAGGAUGGGCGAGCCGCUGUUCUCCCCACUGUCACCAGGUGCCUCUAAAACCAGCAGCCGCAGGAGCAGCCUUGAAAUGGACGAGGACUUGUGAUGGGUUUCCAUAGCGAUCAGAGAUGAUCUAGGAAGUGCAGUCUAUCCCUAAUAACUAAAGUCUAUUUAUAGGACUGAAAAGAAAAAAGUUCAAAGCGAUCAUAGAAAACUAACUUAAUAUUGAAUCAGAAGAUUAGUUAUUGAAUUUAUUAUAAUUUUUUUUCCCCAUACAUAUUGUUCCUAUUGGGAACAGCUUAAAUGAUUGUCUAGGUUUAUAAAUGCAAUCUUAUUAAAUUGAAUAUUAUAUAUUAGUGAAGUGGACCUUUAGCAUUAAGAAAUUCAGUAGUUUUCAAGAUGAAUUCAGAGAUUUAAAAGGGACGUCUUGCUUUUAUUUUUUUUCUAAAUUUAUUAUUAUGAUGAGAAAAGCAGUGAGGAUUCACCGGCAUCGCAAACAUACUAAGAGAUGCCAACAAUUCAGUACAACUUUUCAUUUUAAUUUUUGUUUCUUCAACUGACUGGAAUCAGGGUUCGUCGUUCGCUCCUGUUGGUUGUCUCACCAGCAGCUACAGAAGGGAUCUUUUAAAUGAAUUGGCACAUUGUGAAAUAUUUACUGCAUUUUGUACAUAAGAGUAUUUUAUUUUGAGCAAUUUUAUUGCACCUUACUUUUAAGGCAGUCUAUGCAUUUUAUGAGAGCUAGUGGACUGCUUCUAGGCCCGGUCGCAUGUUCUCGUGAUAACAAAGCCGUACAACCUACUGGUUUAGCCAAAGCAGGAUUUCUUCCACGUUUUAUUUUUUGAGUUGAUUUACUUAGUAAACGCAUGAGUGUCUGAGAAGAGAACAAUUUUCCAACAGUACUGUAGCUCAUAACUUUUUUUUAUAUACAUAUACCUGAUAGUUUGAUAAAUGCUUUUUCAUGACUAAUAUCUAUUUUUGUCUUUAACCUUCUAUGAUCACUGAAUGACCUUCACCAGUUGGCAUGUUUUACUCCGAUUGUUUUACUUUGCGAUAUCAUUUCUGAUCAUGCUUUAAUAAUGCUCGCUGUAUGUACUACAGAGGGCUUUGACUCUUUAAAGAAAAAACAGCUACUAGUUUCACUUCAGCACUGAUUAGAAAAAUGGACGAUUAAGAGGAACCUGCAGGUAAACUCUUCAGUAAAGUAGGCGCAAAUAUUAAGAAUUGUAUUUAAAUUUUAGUUAUUUUUCUGACACCGGCUUGCUUUUUCUGUUCAGCAGGCGGCUUGUAGCUCAUCGUUCAAAAGUUGGAGCUAGGUCUAUUUAAAGGUGCUCUACACCAAAGCACACUUCCUCUCCUCUCAUGUUUUUUUUUUUUUUUUUUUUGCAUAUAUGCAACUAUUAUCUACCACAUGUUCUCCUCUGGUGUGUGUGUGUGAGAGUUAAAACUGACUGUUAAACACAAACACGUGCGUGUUGUCCCCCUCCCGGUAAUUUGGCUUUUGUUAAAAACGUUAACAAAUAAACGACUUUCUGCGA